GAGCUCGCGCGUGCCCGCCGCCGCCGCCGCCGCCCCUCCCCUUCCUAACGGUGCGCGUUCCAUGCCCGCGCCCGCCGCAGCGUCCUCUGACGUCGCCCGCCAGUUGCUGCAAUGACGAGCACGUCGCCUUGUCGUUCGACGUCGUCCGCCUGUUACUGGGUUACGGCGGCUUCGGGCCUUUUCUGUUGUGAGAGGGAUCGCGCCGACCUUUCAUUCAGAAAGAGAACAGUGGGGGGAAGAAGAUCAGGAAAGCUGCAGCGACGAUGGCGGAGGGAACCGAACGAGCCGAUGGCAGGAUUGUAAAAAUGGAGAUGGAUUAUAGUUCUACUGUGGACCAGCAGCUCCCAGAGUGCGAGAAAAUGGCCCAAGAUGGAAGACUGCAGGAAGCUAUUGAUAAUCUUCUAUCAUUGGAAAAGCAGACUCGAACAGCCUCUGAUAUGGCUUCCACAUCAAGAAUCCUUGUUGCAAUAGUGAAAAUGUGUUAUGAUGCAAAGGACUGGGAUGCACUCAAUGAAAAUAUCGUACUUUUGUCUAAAAGGAGAAGUCAGUUAAAGCAGGCAGUUACAAAAAUGGUCCAGGAGUGCUACACAUAUGUCAGUCAGAUUACUGACCUGCCAAUCAAAUUGAGACUGAUCGACACUUUGCGCACUGUCACAGCUGGAAAGAUUUAUGUGGAAAUUGAGCGUGCUCGGUUAACCAAACACUUAGCCAUGAUAAAGGAGGAAGCUGGAGAGCUGAAAGAAGCUGCUGCCAUUUUGCAGGAACUUCAGGUUGAAACGUAUGGGUCAAUGGAGAAGAAAGAGAAGGUUGAGUUUAUCUUGGAACAAAUGAGACUCUGCCUGGCUAUAAAGGAUUACAUUCGAACCCAGAUCAUCAGCAAAAAAAUAAACACAAAGUUCUUCCAGGGAGAAAAUACUGAGGACUUGAAGUUAAAAUACUACAACCUAAUGAUUCAAGUUGACCAGCAUGAAGGAUCCUAUUUGUCCAUAUGCAAACACUAUCGUGCCAUCUAUGAUACACCUUGUAUUGAAGCUGAUAGCACAAAAUGGCAACAGGCUCUGAAGAGUGUUGUUCUCUACGUCAUCCUGGCUCCCUAUGACAAUGAACAAUCUGAUCUUGUCCAUAGAAUCAGCCUUGACAAAAAGCUUGAAGAGAUUCCAAAGUACAGGGAUCUGCUAAAGCUCUUCACCACAAUGGAACUUAUGCGCUGGAGCUCACUGGAGGAUGAUUACGGGAAGGAAUUGAGGGAAGAAUUAUCUGAGAACGCUUGCACAGAUGUAUUUUCUAACACAGAAGAAGGAAAUAAAAGAUGGAAAGAUCUUAAAAACAGAGUAGUGGAACAUAAUAUUCGAAUAAUGGCAAAAUAUUACACACGGAUCACAAUGAAAAGAAUGGCUGAGCUUCUCGAUCUUUCCAUUGACGAAUCUGAAGAGUUUCUUUCCAAUCUGGUGGUAAACAAGACCAUCUUUGCAAAAGUCGACAGGCUCGCUGGAAUUAUCAAUUUCCAGAGACCCAAAGACCCCAAUGACAUUCUCAAUGACUGGUCACACAAGCUGAACUCUCUGAUGGCACUUGUGAACAAAACCACACACCUCAUAGCCAAGGAGGAGAUGAUCCACAACCUUCAGUAAAGAAUUAUUUGAAAAGACAUUUUAAGAUUCAAAAUAAUCCUUAAUAACCAUGCAAAAAAAAUUACUUUUCCUGCUGAACCAAAAGCAGUUUCUGAUGGUCUGGUGCAUUGUGUCCACAUGGUUAGACACUGAAGGCUAAGCUUUGAUGAUAUCAUUGAUCUUUCUCUUUUUAAAGAUGUGUAUAAAGUGGGGUUUGAAUUUUGUGAUAUGUACUGUAAAUGGAACAAACAAUACCACCUGAAUAUGUCACCAAGGUGACUUCUCCAAUUGAAAAUUUCCAUUGUUUUAUAUUACUUAGAUCUUUCAUUAAACUUAAUUUAAAAAGUUACAAAUAUCCUUUACAAUAAUUACUGUAUUCUACCUCGCCUUAAUUCCAUUUACAUUGAAAUGAGUGUAAAACUGAAAAAAUCCUUAAGUGGAGAAAUGUUCCAUGGUAUUUUGCCAUUUCUUCCUCUGAUUGGCAAUGUUUGACUGGUCUAUAUAUCUUUAAUUUGUGUAACGAUGCAGACAGAACACCGAUUGAAUUGACCUCAUUUGUGUAACAGGAACUGUUGAAAAUACUUGGAGGCAGGUAGCAUCUGUGAAGAACAGAGUUGGCAUUUCAGAUCUAACUUUCAUCAGAACUGCACCCUUCCUUUCUUUCUGUUUUGUGUAUUUAUACUGGCAUUACAGCAUUGCUUGUGUUUUCCUCAUUGAGAAACUGAUAAAAAUUUAUUGAACCCAA